UUUACAAAAUUAUUUUAUUACUGGGAUUGUAACAAAUAAAUUCUAACAUAAAAUUGUCAUGAAAUCGUUUUGGGAGAGAUGAGUGUCUUUGGAGAUUUUCAACGUGUGUGGGUUCAAAGAUUUCCAGAAAGUGCUUUGCCAGCCGCUUGGGAAGAAGAUGUCAGGGCUAAUUUAGCUAAACAUAAACAGAAGGUAGCAAUUCUCAGGGAGGAGUUAGAAAAGGAAGAGUUCUAUGUAGAGUAUUUGGAAACUUUGUUAUCUGAUGUGGAGAAACACAAGGCUUCCCAGGGCAAGUCGGCGCCGCCCACAGAUGACAUUGUUGACGAUAAGACAUCAGAUAUCAAACAGGAAACGAACUCUGAUUCUCUAUCCAAGCGAAGCCUCUCGAGCCUGAAGAGCGACGAUUCACCACAGAAUGGGGAGUCUAACGAGGUGCAUCUUAGAAGUAAGGCAGUAAACUUGGCCGAGAGGAGCUCGGUGAAUCAAUGCAUCAAUGAGCUGUCGUCGAACCUCGCGGCCGAGGCCCGCAGAAGAUGCAACAGCGAAGUGGUCCAACGUAGUGAUAUUCUUGACGAAAUAGAGACUCCAGAAGCGAGUCCCAAAAACCGUCCAGUGUCGCAAGCCGGUGACUUUGUGACAGUUAUUGAGGUGAACGGCCUCAAACUCGCCGAAAAUGCAUCGAAGAAGUCCGAGGAUUCCCCCCAAUCUUCGGAGAGUAGCGCCGCGGAGCCAGCAUUGCCUGUUGCCAAGAAAAAAGUUCCGCCUAAGCCACCACCGAAAGUGUUCAGCAAGCGCGGCGCGUCUCUGCCGGAGAGCGGCGCGGCGGAGGACAGCCCGCCGUCGUCGCUCGGCCGCCGGCUCCGCAGCGCCGACUCCCGCGAGUCCAUCGCCAGUCGCGGCUCCACGCCGUCUAUCAGCGAGCGGGUUAAGAGCUACGAGUCGAUCAACUCUCUAUCAUCCGAGCGGAAGCGGUCCGGCGGCGCCGCGACCCCUCGGUCCAUAGACGAGGUGACGCCGAGCACCCCCGACCUGCCCGCUGAGGACAGCACGCCCAUGUCGCUGGAGAGCCUGCCCGGCCGCGACGACGAGCCCUACUACGACCAGGUGCCUGUCGACAUCAACGACGGCGAGUACGUCUAUAUACAAGCCGGCGGUGCGGGCAGCACUGCGGGGGCGGGGGCGGGGGCGGGGUCGGAGGAGGGGUCUAGCGGCGCGAGCACGCUGGCGCUGAGCGCGUCCGCGCCGCCGGCCUGCCUCGCGCCCACCGCGCCUGACUCGCCGCCCGCCGCCGCGCCCAACUACGUCAACAUACAUUACUUUAUACAGGAGGGCGUGGAGGGCGGCGAGGCGAGCGAGGCGGGGUCGGAGCUGGCGGACUCCAGCGACCGCCCGCUGCUGCUGCGCACCAUCUCCUCCGACACAGAGGCCAACACCCCGCCGGCUAUACGGAAGCUGCACACGCAGGAAUCCAACAGCAGCAAUGCGGAGGCAGAGCGGCUCACGAUGCACCGGUGCAUCGUCACCAGCAUCAUCGAGAGCGAAACUGUCUACGUCGAGUGCUUGUACGUUAUGGAGAAGUAUAUGAACGCAAUCAAAGCGACGCUGUCGACGUCUCAACCUGUGAUAUCGGAGGAGGAGUUCGGGACGAUAUUCUACAAGAUAUCGGAAUUGCACGAGCUGCACAAGAGCUUCCUGGAGGGACUGAAGAAAGCGGUCGCCAGCUGGGAGGAGCCGCUCUCAGUUGGAAUACAUUUUAAGAAAAUGGCUGAGAAUAUAAAUGUGUACGGCGCGUUCCUGCACAACUACGGUCGCGCGACGGACGCGGUGCGCCGGCGCUGCAGCAGCUCGCCGCGGUUCGCCGACCUCACGCGCCAGAUCGCCUGCCGCGGCCAGCCCGUGUCGCUCGAUGACUUGCUGCACAAGCCCGUCGCGCGUGUACAGAAGAACGCGCUCGUAUUGCACGAUCUGAUAAAAUACACGCCAGCGAGUCAUCCCGAUCACGCCAUGUUGACUGACGCUUUGAACAUGACGCAGCAUUUCCUUGACGAAUUCAACAUCAUUCAGACUAAAUCUAUGUUCCCUAAUGCUGAUCGCGCUCAGCGAAGACUCGUCAAGAACUCAUUCAUAGUCGAACUAUCGGAUGGUCACAGGAAACUGAGGCAUUUGUUCUUGUUCAACGAUGUCAUUGCGUGUGCAAAGUACAAGGCGUCGGGUCGCGAUAAGUUCACGUUCGAGCUGAAGUGGUACAUCCCGCUGUCGGACAUAGUGGUGGUGGAAGAGGAGGCGGGGGGCGCGGCCGAGCGGGAGACGUCGCCCGCCAACAUCGUCGCGCUCAAGUCGCAGGCCUGCACCGUGCGGGACCAGAUACUGGCGGAGGAGAGGGCCGCACAUGAUGAUAAGAAAAUCCGUCUAGGCAGUCGCAAUAUAGCCGAGAAACAGCGGAAGAAGUUAGCAGAGUUAGAAGGGCAGCUGGUGCUGGCGUCUCCUAACCUGGUGUUCCGUGUCGGGGCGAAGCCCCCGGGCGCCGCGGCGCUCCAGCGGCAGCACGUGUUCUUCCUCAGCUCAGAGUACGAGCGUACGCAGUGGAUCGACUCCAUACACGCGCUGCAGGCGUCGUCGGCGCCGCCGGCGGGCACGGGCGCGGUGUCGAUGCUGGAGCUGCAGACGUGGGUGACGGCGUGCCGCAGCUACCUGCAGACGGACAUGGGCUCGUACCUGCUGCGCUCCGGCCGCGACGACUCCCUGCUGCUCGGCGACCUGCAGCUCCACGUCGGCGGCAUGACCGCGCCGCUCGACGCGCCCGCAGAUUACUACAUCGUCAUCGAAGUAGACUCGUACGGUCAUUAUUUCCGUAAGGCGAAAUCGAAGUUGGUGUGUCGGAGCGCACAGCCGCGGUGGAACGAGAGCUUCACGAUAGACCUCGAAGGCUCGCAGAAUCUGCGGCUACUGCUGUACGAGGACGCCGCGAGACCCGUGCUAAGGGGGAAGUGUACGCUCAAGUUGUCUCGCGAGUGGGUGUCAGUGGCGGCGUCCCGCACGGUGUGCCUGGGCGGCGGGUCGCUGCCGCUGCGGCUGCGCGUGCUGCCGCCCGAGCGCUCCGCCUCGCACGUCCCCAGUGCCAAGUCCGGCGCGCUAUUCGGUGCUAAAAUCACGCAUGUCGCUAAACGCGAGAAACGCAGCAUACCGUUCAUAAUAAGUGCGUGCGUGCGCGAGGUGGAGCGGCGCGGGAUACUGGAGGUGGGCAUCUACCGCGUCUCCGGCAGCGCCUCAGACCUCAACCGACUGAAGAAGAGCUUCGAGACCAACGCGUACGAGGCGGAGCAGCUACUGAAAGAAGUGGACAUACACUCUGUGACGGGCGUGCUCAAGCUGUACCUGCGCGAGCUGCCCGAGGCGCUCUUCACCGACGCGCUUUACCCCGAGCUGGUGCGGGCCUGGGGAUCCACGCAGGGCGGCGGCACCUCUGUGGACUCAGCGCCCGCGCACACGCGGCGUCACGCGCUACUCAAGUGCUACGCGCAGCUGCCCGAUCUCAACAAGAACUGCAUCGACUUCCUUCUCAAUCAUUUUGUUAAAGUGAAUCAACACGAGAGCGAGAACAAGAUGUCGUUACACAAUCUGGCGACCGUGUUCGGACCGACGUUGCUGCGGCCGGGCGCGAACAAGCUGCGAGCGGACGAUAUAGCGGACGGCACCGUCAACGCCAUGGCGCAGGCGGGCAUACUGUACGCGUUGCUGCAACAGCGCCAGCUAGCGGCGCAUCUCUCCGCGCAUGCCCUACACCCACUCGACUGAUGAGCCCAGCUAAGUUAAAGUACAUUGACCAUCGGGAUUAUGUAUUCUUUGCACAAGAGUCGACUUCGGCCCUAGUAUAAUAAGGCUAAACACAAACUUAUGAAUUAUGAUUGCUCGAUAAGACUGGAGUAGCAAUUGACGCAUAACGACUCUGAUCACUGGUCUACCAAUAGCGUGUCCUCGUACGCGCGCAACCAUCCCGCUAACUCUUUCCACAGCAUGAGUUUUUAAAAUCAUACAAUGCGCCUUACCCUUCCAUUUUUGCCAAACUAUCAUAAAGUUGUGUGCGGCUUAGACGGAUAUUGUCAGAGGUAAACAAUUCUGAAGUCGUAAUUCGAUCAUUCGUGUGAGGAUUGAGGUGUAUCAAUGUACUAAAUACUUUACAGCAGGGCUUCACCUUGAAGGUACCCAAGUAUUGAUUUUAAAUUAUUUUACAACUGCCUUCAUCACUUUUAAAACUAAGGUAUAACAGAAACAAGAGUUUAGGCCGACCCAACCUACUUUAGACGUACGAUUGUCGCUUACAUUACCGAUAUGUCAUUAAGCCUAAGUUUAGUUUUUUAAAUAUUGUAAAUGGUGUGUCGCUAAGGUGCUACACAAUAUAAACAUACGUAUAAUUAUCGUGCACACCACCUACCAAUCGGUAAUACUUAUAAGCGUAAGAUCGUAGUAGGUUUCCUCUAUAUCUAAAUGAACAUUAGGUGCCCUAGCCAAACAAAAAAUAUCAGUCACUUUGUUUGGUUUUAUGUAUUUCAACAUGCGUAAUGUUAACAGAUCAGCGUUAUGAACCGCUUUAAAUUUAUUAUUAUUUCCAGUUUAUAUUUUAAAAUUUAAAGACAACUUACCAUCUGCUUACUUUGACAAACAAUGUAUUGGUGCAAAAUAAAUACCACCAUAUCGGGCUUGUGCAAUAGGGAGAGUUGUGGGCAACUCAAGCUUAUUUAUGGAAAAUCUUAUUAAUACCGUAUGUCAAACGAAGAUAUGCCCGAUAUUUAAAAUGCUUACGUUGAGUAAAUUGGAUGUAUGUAACAGAGAUUAAGGCACAGGCAGAUGAUCUUGGGUCCUCUAUGUGAUUUUGUCGGGCCAAGUCACGCAUACACAAUAUGGCCAACAUUGACUUGAGUCUUGACAUAACAGAUUUGACGGUAUUAUGUAAAAUAGGAACAUAAAUGUUCAGGUUUUGUAAAAAAAAAUAAGUGUUA